UGUUGCCCAGCUUUCUUCAACCAUAGUCUAUUCCUUUAAAAAAUACUCUAGGAUAUGCUCUUAGUUUGAAAAUGGCAGCAACCCAAGAACAAGAUGAGUCAACUCUCGAACUCAUACGCCAACAUCUCUUAGGAGACUUCACCUUCACAGACAGCUUCAUCACCAAUCUCAACUACGAACAGAGCCCAGAAAUCUCCUACUUCCAACCCAUCAAAUCCGAGUACUCCAUAUCCGAGUCCGAGUCCGCCUCCCCCGUUUCAAACUACCUCAACCCGAAAACCGAACCCAUAACCGAAGAAGAACCCAUGAGCUCCAAGAGCGAGCCCAAGAGAAAGUCGAGUUCUUCCAACUCCAGCUCAUCGACUGGCGAGGCCGCCAGGCAUUACAGGGGAGUCCGGAGAAGGCCGUGGGGCAAGUUUGCGGCGGAGAUCCGUGACCCGGCCCGGAAGGGGAGCCGGGUCUGGCUGGGGACGUUUGACACUGAUGUGGAUGCUGCUAAGGCCUAUGAUUUUGCUGCAUUCAAGCUCAGGGGAAGGAAAGCUAUACUGAAUUUUCCGCUGGAGGCCGGAGAGUCCGACCCGCCAAGUAAUACGGGUCGGAAAAGGAGGAAGUCAGUGAAGCAAGAGGAGGAGGAGGAGGAGGAAGAGGCGCCGGCUCCGGAGGCGGAAGAGGUGGAGGUUCAAAGUUGGGUAGAUUGGGAUGGAGAAGAUGCCUGAAGGCUCGUCUGGUUUCUCACGAUCAUCUACUGCUAAGAAUAUGAGUGGGUGUGGAUGUAUUGCUUUACUGAAUGAAUUACUACAAUCAGAUGAGAAUAUGAGAUGAGAAAUCAGAGUGAUAAUUAGACCAAUUAGAAAUAAGAAUGCUGCAAUGUGUAAUUAUUGUUAAUACAAUCUUUAGCGUUUUAAUAACUUUUUAUCUGUAUCUUUAGUGUGAUAAUAACAUGAUACGGAGUUUGGAUGUGUAUGCA